AUGGCUAUAGAAAUGAAACAAUCUUUGACGGCUCAAAUAUCUGCCAUUCUGGCUUCUGUUGAACUAUCCCGAGAUGAAUUACUGGUCGAGUUCCAAGAAAACUCACCUGAAAACCCCCCAAAUUGGGCCUUUAGCAAAAAGAUCUACAACGCCGUGGUGGCGCUCUUUGUCGUUCUUAAUAGCGGGAUAUCAUCUGCACUCCCUAGCAAUGCAGUCCCCGCUAUCAUGCAGGACUUCGACCAGUCCGGAAACGAACAAAAGGUCUUACCAACUGCUGUAUUUCUCAUCGGCUAUGUGAUUGGUCCUCUUGUGUUUAGCCCAUUGAGCGAAACUAUUGGUCGGAAGCCCGUUCUCAUGUGGUCGUUUACUGUUUUUGUACUUGCUACUCUGUGUUGUGCCGUUGCUCCUAAUUGGUCUUCUCUUCUCAUCUUCCGAUUGAUAUGUGGUCUAAUGGGGGCUGCUCCACAAACCGUCAUUGGUGGCGUGUACGCAGAUCUAUUUUUCGAUAUUCGGAGUCGUGGUCGCGCAAUGGCGACGUACAUGUCGGCUUCGAGUUUGGGCCCAAUUCUUGGCCCUAUAAUCUCCGGGUGCUCUGUGAAAUAUGGUUGGCGGUGGACCUUUAGAAUUGACUUGAUCUUGAUUGGUACCACAUGGCUGGCGCUGCUCUUCAUGUCUGAAACCUUUGGUCCAGUCUUGCUGAAGCGACAAGCUGCCAAACUACGAAAAGAAUCAGGAAUUGAUCGCUAUUUCUCGCGUUCGGAACUUAAGUCGGACGCCAGAUUCACCACUAUGCAAAUCAUCACUCGUCCUAUCACAAUGCUCCUGUUUGAGCCUAUCAUUACCUCAACGUCUAUCUACAUCUCCCUCGCCUAUAGCUUGGUCUUCUUCUACUUCCAGGCAUAUCCUAUCAUCUUCCAAGGUGUCUAUGGCUUCACCAUCGAACAAACCGCUCUCACAUACAUCCCAGUUGGUAUUGGCGCCGCAUCUUCCGGUCUAGUAACCCUUUACUAUGAUACGAUCUAUGAAAAAGCCAAAAAGCGCGGCAAAGCCUGGACAGCCAGCCCAGAGCUCCACCGACUUCCGCUGUCAUGCAUUGCGGGACCAUGCUUAACAGUGAGCUUGUUUUGGCUUGCCUGGAGCGCAAGAGCAAGCCUCCACUGGGCGGCGCCGGUAGUCUCAGGUCUCAUCUUUGGAUUCGGAUACCAAGUCAUCUUUACUUCGCUUCUCACAUAUGUGACAGACGCGUACAAAAUCUACUCUGCUAGCGCACUCGCAGCUUCGGUUAUCGUGCGGAGUAUUGCUGGAGCGCUGUUCCCCUUCGCUGCAACCCCGCUUUAUGAUUCUCUUGGUGUGUCGUGGGGUACUUCUCUCCUUGGUUUCAUUAGUCUGGCUUGCAUUCCUAUUCCUUUUGCUUUAUUGCAUUGGGGACCUUGGAUUCGAGAGAGAAGUUCAUUUUGUCAGCGCCUGCUUCAGGAAGAAAAACUUCGUGCUAGUGGUUCGAGUACGCCGGCUGAAGCGUGA